AUGAAUGCGAUCACGAUUAAGGCUAUUAAUCCUUCAUCAUCAGACGAUUUUCUUGAAGCAUUGGACUUGCAGCGUCGCCCGAUUCAGCAAGAAGUUUCAAGUAAACGAGAUAUGAAGACAAUGUUGGGUGUAAGGGAACGGAUCAAUAAACGAGUUAAGACAGCGAAUAAGACAAUCAAGCACUUUAAGGAAGAAGUUGCUCGAUGUAAUAACCAAAUAAAAAAAAGGGGUCCUGGUGUAGCUCAACAAGUUAUGGAAUUUCGGAAAAAGAGACUUAUCAAGGAGAAAAGAUCGUACGAAGGACAACGUGACAUGCUAAACAACCAAAUUUUCGAUCUAGAUCGACUCAUGUUUGCUUGGGAUGGUAUUAAGGACGCUCAGCAAAUAGCAUCGUGUUUGAAAGCGUUUGGCACAGAGCUUUUGGAAGCGUUUAGGAGCUUCUAG